UAAUAAUAACUUAAGUUUAGCUGUUGUAGUAGUUAAACGAAAAGGCAAAGCAUCCAGCCAGCGCAGCCAGAGCAAUAAUAAAUAAAAAUACCUUCGUUCUCGCGUCGCGCUCAAUCAUAUGUAUUAGAGGAGAUUCGACUACGACGACGACGGGAAAGGAGUGAAACACGCAGAUAGACCAGUUGCGAGGCCACUUCGUCGCGGUUUUUAUUCCUGAAAGGCAGCGUUUAUUUAGUACCUACUGACUUGGCUGCGAUGGAGCAGACGAAUCGAACGCAGGACAAAUCGAAUAUCGGUGGAAUCGAUGGCGAAUAGAAAUCUGUCGGAGCACAAGUGAAGACGAAGAAUCUCAAGUGCUUCUUUAUUUUGGUGUGCGUCGUACACUUUAGCAAGUGAUGUGAUGAUAAUGUAAGAAAUUUGCUGUCGUGCUAGUUCGAAUAUAUGGGCAUUACCGAAGUGAUAUUCAGCGGAAAAGAAGAGUUCUAAUUCCUGCUAAUAGUUCCAAAUGAAUUCAAGUCAAUCGGUGGCCUCAUAAGGCAAUCGCUUUUGUUACACCUUUUUGGAUUCGGAGAAGAAACGACGUCGUUGGAGGCAUUGGUCCACGGCGCCAUACAGGCGAACUUGCGUGUGGGUGUCAAUCGGCUCGCGGUUGUUGUGGGAGGAAAUCCCCAGUUCGCAGAAUCACCAGAACAGAGAGAGAACCAGAUCCAUAAAUUGUAUAUAGUUCCACAGUGCGUGAGUUGAGGGAUCGAAGCUAAGCCGGAUGCUGGUUGAUAGCAGAUGUAGAAGGACCCUGAACGGAAGAACACUGAGUACGUAGCGAUUCUAGGAGGUUCUGGACCAAUCGCUAGAAGGGUGCCCCCAAUGGUGCUCUAAUCAACAAUUCAGAGUGCAACAAUUAGCGUCGCACGUUUUCAAACCUGAGCGCAACAAAUUGCACAAAACUGGCGGCCGAACCGGAAAUAGCGACGGAAUCGCCGGAGGAGGUGACCGUCGUCGAGAGCAGCGGGGUGUUUGUGGAGGUGUUGCAAACUAGCGCGUCCUCGGUCGCAGGGACAACGAUGGAGGAAACAGAACCCCUUCCCUCACCGGGCAUCAAUGCGGGCUCCUUUGCCGACAGCAUGUCCAACCUGAGUGACGUAUCGUCCACCACAGCCAUCCUAAAUAAUACCGCAGGCUCAUCCGUUAACCCAUCCAACCCGGCCAACAGUGUCAGCGGUUCCCAGUCGGGCUCCAGCCGACCACGGAUGGACAUUGCAUGCGUCAUCGACACAACCCACACCCAACGGAAGGCUGCGUUUGAGGAGGUUAAGCUGGCUUGUGUGCAAGUGUGUGCCAACUUGCAGCCGUUGGAGUUUGAAAAGCUGGACUUCGGUGAGCUCAACACGGUAGACAGUUUGUACAGCGCGGAUGUGGUCGUAGUAGAUCUAAGUGUGUGGGCUCAGCAGAGCACACUGAGCUAUCAUUUGGGCGUUCGGGAGAGUUUCGAGAUGAAGGAGAACAUUGUGAUCUACAACGAUGCGGAUAGCGAGGCCACUUUGAGGAUGAAAAUCUCCUGUGGGAACUACACAUUUGUGCCUUACAGGGCGGUGGAUGGGGCGGGCUGCGUGGUGACUAAUCCCAGCAAAGUGGGAUAUCUAGAAGAGGUUGAUUCAAAAAUUAGCCUGGUUAGCAAGUUGCGGAAAAUCUUCCAGGAUGUGGAGAUUCAAUCGAAAGCGCACUUGAGGGAGAAAUUUCUGGCGGAUUUGAGAAGUUUGAGGGACCAAUACGCUGGCAAUGUGGAGGAACUGCAGAAAAUGUUAAGGAAUAUGAGGAAAAGGCUAGAUGAUCCUCACGUGCUGUCGAAAGAGAUCGUUCAAACGUAUAUGCUGUCGUUGAGGGAUGUUCAAGAUUACGAUGCCAUGGUUCAGUUGGUGGAUGAUCUUCAGACAGUCCCCAAUAAGCAACACUACAUAAAUACGGGAAACAUGAACUACCUGUAUGCCUUUGCGCUAAACAGGAGAAAUAAGGAAGGCGAUCGAGACAAGGCAUUGAAAAGUUGUACAAAAGCCCUUGAGAAGAAGGAGAAUCAUUUUCCCGAUAUGUUGUGCCUUUGUGGAAGAAUCUACAAAGAUAUGUUCGUAGAAUCUAACCGCACUGAUAUGGGGUCGUUGAAAAACGCUAUCACGUGGUAUCGUAAAAGUUUCCAGAUUCAACCCAACGAAUUUGCUGGAAUUAAUUUGGCUACUCUAUUGGUGAUUGAGGGCAAAGACUUCUCGGACUCAGAGCUACAGCACAUCGGGUUGACUCUGAACAAUCUGAUCGGUAAGAAGGGAUCACUUGCGUCCAUUAAAGACUAUUGGAACGUGGCAACGUUCUUUGAAAUCUCAGUAUUGGCGGAAAACUACGCCAAAGCUAUUCAAGCAGCAGAAUGCAUGUUCCGCCUCAAACCUCCAAAGUGGUACCUCAAAUCAACAAUCGGAAACAUUACGUUGAUCGAUUGCUCUCGACGGAAGUCGGAAGAAUCGCUUGCCUCAAUCGAACAACAAAUCUUCCAGUUUUGGAUGGAAUUUUUCAUCGAAGCCACCAACGCCGAACCAUCCUCCACCGUCCGUUUCCCUAUUCUUAUACAGGAAACUCAAAAAGUCCUGUUCCCAUCGUACGUCUCGAUCCAUAUGGAUGCCGAGCAAAAAUCAAUCGACAUUGUCAACAUAUGCCAGCAGCACGAAAAGGACAAGUGUCGUAAGGUUCACAAUUUUAACUUCCUUGCCAGUCAGAUCAAAUCGGUCAGUUUGUACAAACGGGACGAGCGAUGUGCCUUUCUGUAUGUGCAGCAGAACUCCGACGAUUUCCAGAUGUAUUUCCCGUCGGUGCAGUGUCGACAGCAGUUCUACGACCUUAUUCUGCAAAUGACUGCAGAUCAGAACUCCGGGUUCAUAGAUCUGUCGACGGAGACGAUGAGCGAUGAGAUCAAGUACGAAUACGAGAUGGACGAUCAGGCAAGGAGGAUCAUGCUUGGUCGAGGUACGUACGGAGCGGUUUACGCCGCGAGGGAUCUCGACACGCAGGUGAAGAUCGCCGUUAAGGAAGUUCCGGAGAAGUACAGCCAUGAGGUGCAACCUUUACACGAAGAGAUAAAGCUGCAUUCACAGCUGCGCCAUAGAAACAUUGUGCAGUAUUGGGGAUCGAAAUCGGAGGACAACUACUUCAAGAUAUUCAUGGAGCAAGUACCUGGGGGAUCGCUCUCAGCAUUGCUACGAUCAAAGUGGGGACCGUUGAAAGACAACGAAGCUACCAUUGCGUUCUACUCGAAGCAGAUAUUGGAGGGACUGAAGUACCUGCACGAACAGAAGAUUGUUCACAGAGAUAUUAAGGGAGAUAACGUGCUGGUCAACACGUACAGUGGGGUUGUCAAAAUCUCCGAUUUCGGCACAUCGAAGAGAUUGGCCGGAAUCAAUCCAGUGACGGAAACCUUCACCGGGACAUUGCAAUACAUGGCGCCGGAGGUGAUUGACCAAGGUGUCCGUGGUUACGGCCCAGCUGCAGACAUAUGGUCUUUCGGGUGUACGGUUGUUGAAAUGGCUACCGGUAAGCCGCCGUUUGUAGAGCUCGGGUCACCGCAGGCAGCUAUGUUCAAGGUGGGCUUCUACAAAAAGCACCCGGAAAUCCCAGAUGAACUCUCUCCUGUGGCAAAGAUCUUUAUCAAACGGUGCUUCGAGGUGGACGUCGACAAGCGGGCGACGGCUGCCGAGUUGUUGGAAGAUCCAUUCCUGUCAGACAAGCACAAGAAGAUGCGUGCAUCGAUCAGCAUUCCUCCAACUACGAUGAGUGCGGCAGAGUUCUCCCGAAGUGUCAGCAUGCCGGCCGAUCGUCAUGUCAGCAAAACUCUAACCUCCCAACAGAGUUCGGCCAGCUGCAAUACGCCAAGUAUCAACUCUGAGGCUGACUGCCUACCACCGACAUUCGCAGCGACCAGAUCGGCAUCGAUCCGGAAGAACAAACAUCUUGCCCAUCUUGCGCCGAUCCAAAUGCCAAACCACGUCAGUAGCAUUGGGAAUCUUGCCGAAACUCCAUCACUGGAAAUCGAAUCGAUUGAACCACCGCCGGCCGGGUUCCAACUGAAUCGGAGAAGUUCUUCCGGAGGAUUGCUUUCGCCAGAGGUGGAACUCCCGACAACGUCCAGCAAAUCUCCACUGUUGGCCGGAGAGGCUAACGAAAGCGACGGCUUUUACCUGCUCAAAAAGGACUCCCAACGUCGCGCAACGCUGCACAAGGUGCUCGAACACGACGAGCGCAAAAUCUGCCAGGUGUGGAUGGAGAAGAUAGUAUUUGAUCGGAAGGAGGCUGUCGAUAUUACUCAAGCCCACCUGGAAAUACUGAUCAAGGCCCUGCGGACGUACAUCACCGAGCAGAAGAAGGAACACCUGGAGGCCGCCAUCAGUGGACUGAAGAAGAAUCUGGACUUUGACUCGACGGGCAUCGACCAUCUGCACUUGGCGAUGUACCGGUUCCAGGAUGCGGUGAUAACGGUGCUGCGAUCUCACAACAUAAAGCCACAUUGGAUGUUUGCGUUGGAUAAUCUCGUUAAAAGUGCCAUUCAGGCUGCGAUCAUUAUACUGUCGCCUGAACUGGGACGGAACCUAGCUGGACAUGGUCACAACGAUGAUGACGAUGAGGACGAUGACGGAGAAAACGACCUGAAUCGAGGGGACGCAGCUCGCGGUGGCAUCGACGACGACGAUGACGAUGGGGAACUGUCAACGUCCGGUGUGGGCACUGUCAACUCGGUUACAGUACCCAAACCCGCAAAGUUGACUCGCACAAAGAUGGUUAACGAUCAAAUUGCUGCUCUGCGAGCAGAGAACUUAAGACUGAUGGAAGAUCUGUACGAAUCUCACAAAAUGUAUCAUGGAGUUUUCAAGACAGCCCUUAAAGGGCAGUCCAUGAAUGCAGAUAUGGUGCGCGCCUUGGCUACACAGCUGAUGUCGGUGGCUAGUCGACAAGACCACAAUUCCCAAGGAUAUGCUAGUGAUCUGGCGGAAAGUCCUGUAAUAGCAGAUGAAGUAGAUUCCGCAAACAACAACUUUUUGAGGCCAACAGUACCAACAAGACAAAGUUCGGUGCGACCGGGGUUGGACCGGAGAACCCCGGUUCGAGUGGCCCCAUUCGACGGAGUAUCCGAUUCGAUGGCUGCCGGGAGUCAACCGGAUACGCGAUUAGACGAAUGGCUAGUCCAGCAUGGGUUCAACGAUCACGUACGAAACACUAUCCACUUCGAGGAAUUCAGUUACGAAGAUUUUAUCUACGCAAUGGAUCAGGAAGAUCUGCGCAGGAUUGGUUUGAGAGUUGGCACCGAAGUGAAACUGUGGCGGGCGAUUCGAGCACACCGGCAUCGAUUUCCUCAGCCGCUGUGGUCUCCAUCGGAUAGUCGCCAUCCAGCUCUCACUCCCCAGUCGUAUUCCUCCUCCUCUCUAGUGACCGUUCUUAACGCCAACGGUGGUAGCGUUGAUGAACCAGCGCUCAAACCGAUCUCCAACUCCAACAGUUACGACUCGACCCAUUCGGCGUGCACGACAGCGUCGUCGGAAUACGAAUCGUGCAAUGGAUUUGAUUCGUCUUGAGGAAAACGUCGAGCUACCUGUGGACGGAACGAAAUCAGCAAUAGCAAGCGCAGCAAGAAGGCUGCCAAAACGUGAGGCAAUAAACCAGUGAAGGUAAAACACCCUUAGCCGGUGGAACAGAAUCACACCACUUCUUUAUAGCAAGCUUUUAGAAUAAGGUAAGCAGUUAUUUUCCUCUCAUUUUCUCAAUCUACACGGAACUCCUGUUCGCUCUGGCUCUCUUGAGUGGAGAAUUCAUCGUUCAAUUUGCAGGUUUUAACUUAGGCUCGUAAGCAAAGCAUUAUUCAAUCGUCUCGCAAACUAUGUCGAUCAUUGUUAAGAAUGUUAGCUCUUUGUAAAAGUGCGGUAUCGUGUCUCUCUUUUGUUUUUAUGUUUGUCUUCAGGUUCUGAGUAAAUCAUUAGGCGGCUACUGUUGUCUUUUGAUGUGUUAUCUAAAUUGUUACAUUAUCUAAAAGUUUUUUUUCCCUUUCGUAUCAAAAUUGUUGAUAUUAGCCCUAGGAGAACAUUUUUAAACGUAUGUAAAGCUUCGAAAGUGGCAAAGCGUGUAAUAGCAGUUGCCAUAUUUAUCUACUUUGUUAAGGUUAAAAAGUAGUACGUGUAUGUCGAUGCAUUGUAUGAUUUACAAUAAAUUGUGUAUCUUCUAAGAGGUCAAGUUGAAAUCA